AUGACAUCUCAAGGGGAACCAUCGACUGUCGACGUCGACCCAGUCGAACUACCCAACGGCAAACGACGCUGGCGCCGCAACAGAGUCGCUUGCGACUCUUGCCACACCCGCCGAGUACGAUGCGACCGAGCCUUCCCCUGCUCGCGAUGUCUGCGCAGCGACAUAAAUUGUGAAUUUACUCGCGAGCGCCGCAAACGAGGCCGAAUUGCCAGAUCGAAGCCUCACAAUGGCGACAUUCGCGACGAAGUCGAACCGGAACACCAACCGCCGCAGUCGCAUCGGCUCUCGCCUGCCAAUUCACCCACAUCCACUUUCCAGCGCUCUCCUGCGUCGCAUGAGAUCAGCGCUUCCGCGAGUGAGGAUCGCAGAUCGGUCGCAGAUGCGCUGCGCCCGGCUGCAAAUGCCACGGAGGAAUGGCUGGCGGCUGCACAUCUUUCGCCUGACUCUUACGAAUUGCUGAAUGGGACGGGCGGAAGUGAUGCGCCGCUGCCGAGGUUGAUGGAUCUUUGGAAUUCGGUCGACUUGACUGGCCACCGAUCGAGUCAAAGACCAGUGCCUAUACCCUCUGUAUCGGGGAAUCCGUCACAGAGGCCGUCGUCACGGUCGCCGUUGAAAUAUCCCGUGUUGGAACCGGUGAUGCCAUUUUUGGAAAAUAACCUCCCUCGUCGAUUGGUCUGCGACCUACUUGAACUAUACUUCACCAGUGCUUUCUCUACUCAUAUGCACCCUGUUUGUCAUCACAUUCAUUGCUAUGUUCUGAGGAAAUCUUCCUUCCUGAGCGCCGAUCGUCCACGGCCGACGAGUCCUGCCCUGCUAGCAAGCAUGCUAUGGGUGGCCGCUGUAGAUGAUCGCGCCUUUUCCUUAUCGAUUUCUCCGUUGCAACGACGGAAGAUAUGCCAAUUUCUUUGUGCCCUGAUCAUACGCUUGUUACGACCCUUGAUCCAUGUCUCGUUCAAAGACCAGGAUCCGCUGCCUGCGGAAAAUACUACGGCGGCCCAAGACUUCUCGGCUUCUGCGGCACACCAUCCGUUCGAGGGUGUUGGAGACGACAAAGGGCUCGUUGGUCCUGCAGGGUCUCUAGAUGAUGUGAUUACAUACAUUCAUGUCGCAUCAAUUAUUUCAUCCAGCGAGCAAAAGGCUGCAAGUAUGAGAUGGUGGCAUGCGGCCUUCACGCUAGCCCGCGAACUCAAAUUAAAUCAGGAAAUGGAAAUUACUCCGAAUGUGGACAGCCUGACCGAUGGGUCGAGUCCUUCAUUUGGCUACGGGCUAGGCGGAUGGCCCGGCUCCCCUGGUGGGCUCGGAUUUGACUAUUCGAAUACGUCGCGACCGAGCCUGAAUUGCGUGUGUGAUAAAACACACGACUUACACAAUGGACCCAUCACAGAGGAACACCGCGAAGAGCGGCGCAGAACGUGGUGGCUGCUCUAUAUUAUGGAUCGCCACCUGGCACUGUGCUAUAAUCGGCCCUUGGCUCUCCUCGACGCUGAAAGUGAAGAUCUCUUGCUUCCUUUGGACGAGAACGCCUGGCAAGCAGGGAUCAUCCACACCAACAGUCCUCGACCAGAUGGCCCACAGUGCCUACGGUCGGGCGACCAAAAUAAACGCCGCGUAUUCCCCAACUUCAUCUGCCAUGACCACUCCAUCCUCGGCUUCUUCCUCCCCCUCAUGACCAUCACUGGUGAACUGAUUGAUCUCAAUCAAGCACGAAACCACCCCACUCUCGGUGUGCGCCUUUUAGGCAAAGACGCCUGGGAGGUUCAAGUCGCCGAAGUGCUACGUCAACUAGAGAUCUACAAAGCUAGUCUCACCACGUUCGCUGCAUCAAGCGCACCGGACCCAGAUGCUCCAUUAUCAAACUACUCAAAAUCGGACCCCGUCGAUCCCCAAUUGUCUCAGGCCUAUUCUUGGCACACACAAACUGUGAUCGCCUAUUCCUCCUACCUUACCCAUGUCCUGCAUAUUCUGCUAGUCGGAAAGUGGGACCCUGUGUCUCUCAUUGAAGACAAAGAUUUCUGGACCUCCUCUCCAGCGUUCGCAUCCACCAUCUCCCACGCCCUCGAAGCGGCAGAUUCUGUCUCACAAAUCCUCCGCUUUGAUCCAGAUAUCAGCUUCAUGCCUUACUUUUUCGGCAUCCAACUCCUUCAGGGAAGCUUCCUCCUCCUUCUCAUAGUGGAACGACUGCAGAAAGAAGCAGGCGAGGGCAUUCUCAAUGCUUGCGAAACGAUGAUCCGUGCCACCGAGUCCUGCGUGGUCACCUUGAACACAGAGUACCAGCGCAGCUUCCGGCAGGUGAUGCGCUCUGCUGUUGCGCAGGCACGCGGCCGCCCGGUAAAUCCGAGCGAAAUUCGGCAUCGUCGGAAAGCCGUGCUAGCCCUGUACCGCUGGACUCGGAAGGGUACUGGAUUGGCUCUUUGA